CUGAAAUAUUCGUGUUUGCAGUGCUUGCAAGAUUGUCACUGUAGUGGAAAAGGCACAAUAAGGUCAGAGUUAAGAACAUGCGUCGGAUAUUUCCGAAACACGUUCUUCACGGAUAUGUGUCGGAUGGACCUAUCACAGACGUCGUUUCAUGGCAGGUACCCGGAUGUAGCCGUGGGGCAAUUAGCUACGUCAUUGUUCACCGGCGGACACCCGCUGGAAAUAAGAAAUGGAUUUAAAACCUCUAUUAAGGUGUUCAUAACAGACUCCAGCUAUGAACAAUGACCAUAGUUGACAGAUUGUCAGAAAAAUCUGACCACGAGUCAGUUGGAUUUAACCGAUCCUUCACCAGUGGAGACGUGGGGAUGGACGGCAGUUGUUCCAGCAGCUGGGCAGUGGGUCCCAGCAUGGCCGGCGACUCUCCCAGGCUCAAGCCUUCAGGAGGCUGCCUGGGUCCGACCCCCGGCGCUGCCGUCUAUAACGGCACACCCGCCUCUGUGGACCGCCCCAAGGACCAAGUGAUGAGCAGUGAAGAUGGCAUCGAGCUGCCUCAGAAGGUCCUGUUUCCUCCAGAGCGGCUCAGCCUGAAGUGGAUCCAGGUUCACCGCAUUGGUGCUGGCUUGCAGAACAUGGGGAACACAUGCUUCCUCAACUCAGCCCUGCAGUGCCUCACCUACACUCCACCGCUAGCCAACUUCAUGCUGUCAAGGGAGCACUCCAAAACCUGUCAUGAGCCUGGAUUCUGCAUGAUGUGCACCAUGCAAAACCACAUCAUUCAGGUUUUUGCUAACUCUGGGAAUGUCAUUAAGCCCAUCGGUGUCCUCAAUGAACUUAAAAGAAUUGCAAAGCACUUCCGCUAUGGAAGCCAGGAGGAUGCUCAUGAGUUCCUGCGGUACACAGUGGAUGCUAUGCAAAAGUCCUGCUUACCUGGAACCAAAUUGGACAGGCAAACGCAGGCCACCACUUUCAUCCAUCAAGUGUUUGGAGGGUACCUCAGGUCCAGAGUGAAAUGUCUGAACUGCAAAUCAGUUUCUGAUACAUUUGAUCCUUUUCUGGACGUCACUCUGGAAAUUAAGACGGCACCCAGUGUCUCCAAAGCUCUGGAGCAAUUUGUCAAACCAGAACAGCUGGAUGGAGAAAACGCCUACAAGUGCACCAAGUGCAAAAAAAUGGUCACAGCCUCAAAGAGAUUCACAAUCCACCGCAGUCCUAAUGUGCUCACCCUCUCACUAAAACGAUUUGCAAACUUCACUGGAGGAAAAAUCACAAAGGAUGUUAAAUAUCCAGAGUACCUGGAGCUGCGGCCCUUCAUGUCCCAGUCUCAAGGAGAGCCCCAGAUCUACGGCCUGUACGCUGUGCUGGUCCACUCCGGCUUCAGCUGCCAUGCUGGCCAUUACUUCUGCUACAUUAAGGCCAGCAACGGUCAGUGGUACCAGAUGAACGACUCGUCUGUCUCUGUGAGCGACAUCCGCUCAGUCCUCAACCAACAGGCCUAUGUCCUUUUCUACAUUAAGUCGUGUAAUGUGAAGAAAACUGGGGAAUUCAGCAAUGUGAGCCAUAACCCAGGUAUGUCUGGUCAGUCAUCUCCCCGGCCGGUGGUAACCCCUCGCAUCCACACCGCCGUUCACCACGGCAACACUGGCUUCAUCGGCCCCCAACUACCGCCACACAUGACCAAGAACACUCUCCAUGUUAAUGGGAAUGGAUCUCUGAGGGAUUAUCCCAGCAAUUCUAAAGCCAGUAGCAGUGCAGUUGGCAAACCCAGCCAUGGCCUGGCUUCUUCCUCAAUCUCCCACUCAAUCAGCCGACCCACAUCCAUCCCAGACCAAGAGAAACGGCAGAAGCUUUCGUUUUUUAUUGGACAAGGCAAACAGAACCGAGCAUCUUCCUCAUCCACCUACAGCCACCCAUCCUCCGCAAGCAGCUCCUCCAGCUCGUUAUCUUCCUCACAGUCUACCUCAGACGUUCACUUUGUUCCGCGUCAGCUAAACCACUUUAAUGGCACACCCAGCAGUAAUGGCGACCAACCCGCCGGGGGUAACGGAUCGUCUUUACUGGUGCCGUACAGUCAAGAGUCCUCUGAAGAAUCCGACCAGGAGAACAGUACCACUCAGGAUGCUGGCUGCAUAUCCAAGCCUCAGACGAAGGGAACUAAUGGAACAGGAGAAGUGUGUGCCUCUUCUUCUAAAAACACAAACGGUGAAAUAGAUGUCUGGCAUAACAGUAGUGAGGUGAAUGGGUCAACCUCUGAAUUUACAAAAACAAACCAAAAUGGACAAUUUAAUGGGCACCACAAAGUGAAUGGACACAACACACAUGAGAAGGGAUCCAUCCAUAAUCAGGACACUUCAGCUGUGAAUGCUGUUGCCAAUGGACUUGGCAGUGACCACAAUGAACCCAACAAAGAGCUUGUUGACCCGGCCUCAUCGCAGACCUGUUCAGCUCAGAGCGCUCUUCCUCCUGCUGCUAAUGAAAGAGAGCCCCUCCCUGCUGCUGCUGAUGAAAGGACUAAAACGCUGCCUGAGCCUCUUCCUUCUCCUCACCACGCCUCAUCCUCUGCUCUUAGCUCCUCACCUUCAGCUACUACUUCCAAGACUCACACUGUUGCGCCCAGAGACCUGUCAGCCUUUGCCUCAGAGCCAGUCUGCUGUCAAAGUGCUAAUGGGAACUCGACAGUUGCUCAGAACAUUAGCAAAACCGAGGAAGAAGUUAAGGAUUCCUCACAGACCAACGGUCCAUCAGCACGGAUGGACAGUGGUACGGAGAACAAGGGGCAGAGCCAGUCCAAACCCGGUUCUAGAGGCCAUGACAGGCAGUCCUCCCAUGACAGGGACAGAGACAGAUUCUACUCUGACAAUAGCAAAGACAGAGACAGACACUACAGGGACAGAAGUCCACCACGAGAACGUUACAACGAUCGCCAUCGGUAUAGACGAGACUACCGGGAUCACCAUCGCUCCUACAGGGAUCGAUGUCCUCCCGAACGGAGCAACCGGGACAUUGACCGCCGCAAGGAACGGCUCGGCUCGCACUCCUGGGAGCACGAUCGUGACCGGCGCUCGUACCAUUCCAGCCAUUACUACCACAGGCAUGAUGGGAGCCAUGAGAGGAGGGGAUACCCACACCCCCAAGAGUCUCACAACUACUGGCGGUCGCAAAAGGACGGUCAGGAAUCCUGGGCAAUGAAGGACAAAAGGAAUGGGUGGGAUGGGGAAGAAAGGAGUUCCUCCCCAGCUGCUACUGCUCAAGAAACAAACAAAUCCAAGGUUUCCCCCCCCUGGGAGCGCCUCUGUAAUUUUAACUCCACUCUUAAGAGGGAGGAGCCGAGUGACAAGAGGCCAGCUGCUCAACUAAGAAAGCGGAGAGAGGACAGCUCAGAGGGCCGCCGCUCCAAAAAACACAAAAAAAGCAAGAAGAAGAAGAAGUCAAAAGAUAAAGACAGGCAUCACGAGAGCAGCUCUGACCCGGAUUCAGACAGAGCCACUGAGAGCAGGAAGAAGAAAAAGAAGAAGAGGCGGCACAGGGACAGCGACUCCGAUUCUGGACGGGGCCACGCCAACAGAAGCAGCAAAGAAAGAGAGAACCGGAAGCGCCAUCACUCUGACACCAAGGACUCGGGGUACGACAAAGACAUUUUAGCAGAGAAACGUCAGCACACAGACUGCAGCGAUGGCAGCAGGGACCAGCCACUCCCGCCUCACCACAACGCCCUCUCAAACCAUUCAGCUCACCAACAUCUCAACGGACACACAGGAAACGGUCAAACCAAUGGUGACUUUCACGGAUGCUCCAAUGGCCUCAAGCAGUGACUGUGAGUACCACCAACCUGCUGUAAAGAUUCCAGUUGGAGCCCAGCUCAGACGCUCAAAGUAACAACACCGCGUUUGUUUGUGCUUACAGACCCCCCACCCACCCGCAACAUUUGACAACAGCAGAGGAAUGAUAUCACAAAAUUAUUUGAAGUGGUGCUUCUUCACUGGGAAUAAAUCAGUUGGGUUUUUUUUAACAGUGCUAUUGUUUUAAAUGUGCAAAAGUACAAAUUUUAACAGUGUUCCUUUAUCUACCAUUAUUCUCCUACGGUUAAAAAAACAAAACAAAAUCACCUGUUAAACAUUUAGGACUAAAAGAUGAUAAUAUAUAGUUAUUUGAGUACAAACCAAGCCUGGAGCUUAGACAUCUCAGUUGCUGCUCAGCGGAACUCAGGACUCAAACCCUUUGGAACAGAAAUCACUUAUCCACAUGCUUCAAGUAAGAAUGAAACAAAAGGGAGAAUGUGUUGUGUAUAAAGACUGAGUCUCUUCAUGUUUAGAUGUUAAAGAUGUCACCAUAUCUGCACAGCUGCAAUGUUUUUACUUCUCACCUGUUGUUUUGUUGUCGAAUCCACGCUGUGGUCAAACUACCAGAGGGGGGCGUGUUUCUGAAUGAGGCGGAUGAAUGCAGUGGUGUGAACAUGGGUUUGUUGAGCGAUACCUCCAUGUUAACCCUGGACAGACUUGAGGACAUUUAUCUGCUUUAUUUGUUGGGGUUCUUUUUUUGUUUGUUUUUUUUUUUUUGCAACUAUGUCCAUCUCCCCUCUUUACGCCUAAGAUUCCCUUUUUAAACCGUUUGAGUUUUCUCUCUUUCUAUAUUGCAUUUCUUUCUCCUGUUUUCUUUUAAGGUGUUCAGAAAGAAGAGCGUUUUAUUUUUUUUCUUUCACCACUGUGGACCAUUUGUGUUUAGUUAAAAAAGAUAAAAAUACAGUUUAUGUCUUCUAGCAUCAUGAAAUAUACUGUGAAGUUGAGUUUGAACUGUACUAUCAGUUAUUUUUAUAAGUAAAAAGCCUGUAUCAGGAUCCUCUUGCUUUGUCUGUAGAAGGAUUUGUGUUGAUUUUUUGACCAUAUUCUCUGGACACAAGUCACUAGUGGAUAUGGUUAGAUUUUGGGGGUGGGAUUGUGAGGGCGGGGAAUGGGGAAGGUAUUUCUUUCUUUGUUUUUCAACUUUAGGAAGAAGUUGAAGAAACUGCUGUUAUACCUUUUUAUUUUAGCAUGUCUGAAUUUAUACAUUGUGUAAGGUAAAAGCCUUAAAUACAUUUGUUAACGUCAGAAAUUGUAAUUUCUGUCUUUGGACUUUGUUUACAAGCUGUGUUGAAUGACAAACGUUGAUUGAUAUGUUGGAUUUAUUUACCUUUUGUAUUAUAGAGAAUUGAUUGAUUGUACUGAAGCCUUCUUGUUGAACAAACAUAUUUUCUCGUUCCAUUUAAAUGUAGACGGUAAACUUCCCACACGUCCACUAUAUUCAGGUUUGGUCAAAUAACACACAAGCUGUUUAUCUCCCCUUAGUCAGUAUUAUAGCUUGAGUCACAUGUAUUAUUUCCAUAUAUGAAACAACCAAAGACUGGUUAUGUUUGGUGAGUCAAACUUUUUCACUGAAUUCACAUGCACACAAAAGCUGUAUGAGCAUGUCCAUUUUUUUAUUAAAUUGUGCAUCAAAGUACUUUGCGCCAUUUCCCCAACAAACCUAUAACCAAGUUAAAUAUAACUUCUGCACCAGUUUUUGGCCGUUUUUUUUUUCUUUUUUGUCAGUAAAAACGGUGUAUUGAGGCUUAUGCUCUACUAAGAGCACCAUAAAGUCCCUUUAUUAUAACACUUUAAGCUAAAAUAUUGAACGGGUAAUGGCUAAAGCCAUGAUUAAUACUACAUGACCAUAAUGAUAACAAAAAUGUACAUUAUAUUGCAUACACACUAAAUGUAAGUGGGGGGAGGGGCUGCCUCUUUUGUGAAACAAAAAGACAAUAAAUAAAACAAAUAAACAUCGA